AUGAAGACAGUCAACUGGUUGGUGCAAUGUCUGGUCGCGUGCGCUCUUCAUAUAUUUGUCGCCCAUGCCGAGGAGACGGUGUGGCGCGAGGGCUAUCCGGGACAUGGUACCGUUCACGAGCAGCUCGGCCAGCGCCAUGUGCCAGACCCAAUCUAUAGCGAUUACGUGCCGAGGCCAAGAUAUAGAAAUAUUAGCAAACCCUCGUUUAUGGGCAUGACUCCAGUCUACGGUUUAGCACAUGGUCUUCUUCAAGUUCUCUUUAACCCCGACAACUUUCACUUAAGUGAUUAUAUUUCGGUUUCGAACGGCAGCACCCUAACCAUGGAGCGCAGGACGAUAUCGAACGACUGGAAGCCUAUGCUUGCCGCCAACAAGCUGCUAAUCGUCUUGCUCCUGUUCUUCCUACUACUCAUGUUGGCCAUACCGAUCCUUGGGAUAUUGUAUUGCUCUCUAUGCUGGUGUCGCUGCAAACGAGGCUGUCCGCCGUGCACUGCCCAACGGGAGGGUAAGAUGUGCGUGGUGUGCAGUAUAAUCAUGAUAUUCCUGCUCAUUGGAUUGAUAAUUGGGACCAUCAUUGCGUUCAUUGCCAAUAAACAGAUCAGUCGAGGGAUGCGCUAUGCCAAGGAGAGACUGAUGUAUUCCGGCGAGGACACCUGCGCCUUUCUCAAAGAUGUCUCCGAUCACAUCGACCAUUUGUUGGUCACCAAUUAUCAGGAGCUGAAGGAGCAUGUGGUUGAACAGGCAACUGAUGCGUAUAAGCAUCUAUUUUUGGAUCUAGCUGAUACUUCCGAUGGGAAUGCGUUAGUUGAAAUGGAGAAUAUAUUGACAAACAUGAUCGAGGCGAGGGUAAUAAUGAAGAGAGUUAUUUGGAGAAUCAAUAGACUGGUGUUCCUUAACGCCAAUUAUCGGGAUGGCAUGCGUUACUUUUAUCGUGAGACAUAUCGCGCAUUUAUCAUUUUAUGUAACAAGAUAAAGUGUGAUGAGACUUUUAUGACAUUUGGCUUUCAAAAUUGGGCCACCAAAUGUAUGCAUAUGGAUUUGUUGCCUAACUCAACCGUCUUUUGGUCGGCAAUAGAUCAAUCAGUUAAAAAUGACUUGGUCAAUAUACCGAGACAAGGUAUAAUACGUCUAUGGCAAAUUGGUGAACAAAUGAAAGAAAUUAUGGCUCCGACUAUUCCGCCGUUAAUUACAAAGUUAGAUCGAUGUGCUACCAUUCUCUGGGAUCAGAGGCACAAAUUAAAUACACUUAUCGAUGAGAUGCUGAAUGACGUUCACAAGAAAACGGUAAAUUCUGGAAAAUCAUUAGACGGCAUAUUAACCGACUUUGGUAACGAUCGCAAUGCUAUCAAUAUUUUUGUCUGCCUCACUUUAAUGUUGAUCAUUGUCUUAUUGAUAAUUGGCCUAGUAUGGGGCAUGUGUGUGCGUACAAACAACGUGGGAUCUUAUGCCAUGCUAGUAACCGUUAUGGUGAUAUUUUGCGUCUUCUCGCUGAUAACGAUAGUUGGACUUUUUUAUUUGAUACUUGGAUUGCUCACAUAUCAUGGUGCCUGUCGAUCAGAUAUUGCGUCAACGAACAGCUUCAUGGAUUCCCGGAUCAACGAAACCGUUGCCGAUGAGGAGCAGGAAAAAGAUCCGAUAAACGCAACUAUUUCAAAUAAUCUGUUCGAGUGCAGAAAGGAUGAAAGCAUUUUCGAUUUGUUGAAAGAAAAUGGCGUAUACGAUGUCAACAAAUUAAGGGGCAUAUUGGAAAUAGAAGAGGAAGUAACUGAAUUUGAGUGGCAUAAAGGCGAUUUGUCUAAGCUGGCGCUGAUAAGUGCCAAAGACAUGCGUUUGCUUUAUAAAACCCUGGAGCCAUUGUUUCCAUAUCAUAGCUCUCUAUAUACGGAUUCACUGUGCAUGCCAUUGACGCGUACUACUUUAAAGCAAAUGGCGGAUAAAGUCGAAAAAACCGGUCUUGAUAUAAUUUACACAUAUUACAAGGGCAGUCCAAUGUAUUCAAGAAUGUGGAUGAGCUCCUGUACUUUUUUUACUGCCGUACGUGAUACGAGACCAUAUUUGGAAAUAGAAGAAGAAAUUCCAAAAUAUAUAGCAACAAUAACAAGAAACGUGAAGACACUCGAUAGAUAUCUAUAUACUACUGAGCGGAAUUUUAAUGAAACCUUUCAGCGACUGAUUGAUGCAGUUGUACGCUCACAAGAGUUCAUAAACAAGAAGGGCGUCGACUAUAUCAACAAUCUUGGCAAAAAUUUAACGGAGUCGAUUGCCGAACAAACGGAUCGUUAUCUGGAAAUGGUUAUAUCCGAAAGCAAUAACGUUGGUCGCUGUGCGCAUUUAUCGGAUCUCUAUACGAAAAGUAUUGGUUACAUUUGCGAGCAUCUGAUUGACCCGAUCAAUGCGUUCUGGGUGGGCGUACUGCUUUGCUGCCUGUUGCUCAUACCGAUCCUCUAUGUGGCCCAUCGACUGAUCUGCCUCUAUAGGGUAUAUCCAGUGUAUAUGGCCAAAAUCGUAUAUCUGGAGCGCGAUGGUUACCACCACUGCCCGACCUGCUCAGGCCUCCCAUAUCGGCCCCAUCCGAUCGUCAUCUGCGGCGGUGGCCAACAGGAUGGCGGCGACUGCCCCUGCAUAGACACCCCAAUCCAAAUAACUGGGUUGGGUGCAUCAUCCAGCGACGUCUCCAAACAUAAGCGAGAAUAAGGCAAGAAACUCGCCCAAGAUGAAGACAGUCAACUGGUUGGUGCAAUGUCUGGUCGCGUGCGCUCUUCAUAUAUUUGUCGCCCAUGCCGAGGAGACGGUGUGGCGCGAGGGCUAUCCGGGACAUGGUACCGUUCACGAGCAGCUCGGCCAGCGCCAUGUGCCA